UCCAGUAAGUCAGGACAGGAUUUUAUUGCACCGCCACCAUGGAGCAAAGUCCAAAGUCCACUAUGGAGCACAGUCCAAUAGUGGGUCCUUAGACAGACAGCAGAGGUCCUGCUGUGGCUGCCUGCCUCUCUGUCUGUCUGUCUGUCUGUCUGGGCUCCUGCUCCCUCCGGCUAUGAGGAAGUAGUUAGGGUGAUUUAGGCUAUCUCCUCUUUCAAAAUGUACGUACCCCAGGGCCACUUCCAUGCGGACCAGGGCCAGGCCCUAUGCCAGGCCCAGCCUCCGGAUCUGUUGUCUUCGGAGGGAUCGUCGACAUCUCAGGAGCUGAAGACCGAGCCAGAGACCAGGCCAGAUCAGGCGGAGGUCUGUCCAGUCUGCGGGGACAAAGUGUCUGGCUACCACUAUGGGCUGCUCACCUGCGAGAGCUGCAAGGGUUUCUUCAAGCGUUCGGUGCAGAACAACAAGCGUUACACCUGUGCAGAGAGACAGAGCUGUCCCAUGAACCCCUCCCAGAGGAAACGCUGCCCCUACUGCCGUUUCCAGAAGUGCCUGGCCGUGGGCAUGAAGAGAGAGGCGGUAAGGGCAGACCGAAUGAGAGGUGGCCGGAACAAGUUUGGCCCUCUGUAUCGACGAGACAGGCAGAUGAAACAGCAGAGAGGGGUCUACCACCACCAGCAGCACAACACCACCCCCUACAGGAUCAAACUGGAAAGUGCACAAACGCACCAGCCUUCCGUUUCAAACAACAUUCACCUGAUGUCCAGUCACACAUUGGCACCCCUGCCCUCUGACAAUGUCCACCAAUCGCAGGCCUACCCCUCUAAUAUGGGCCAUUCAGAGCUCCCCCCCAUGCUUCUGGACUGCACCAUGAACCGGGACAGGAGGGCUCUAGCUCCUCCCCUGUCCCUGGCUUACCCUGAAGUGUACCACCGUUCCAUCCAUGGAGGGGGAUCAGGAUACCACCAGGAGAAAAGUGAGAUGAUGCCUUACAGCUACGGCCCGGCACCUCCAACCCCGCCCACACCUAACGGGUUACUCACCACGCCCACAAUCACCCCGAGCUCCACCCCAACCCCAACCUCCACGUUGACUGCUCCUACACCUAGCUUCCUGGCCCAGCUUCUGGAGGGUGAGCCGGAUGAGCGCCAGCUGUGUGCCAAGGUGCUGGCCAGUCUGCAGAGAGAGCACGCAAGCCGUGGGAAACACGACCGCCUCAACACCUUCAGUAUCAUGUGUAAAAUGGCCGACCAGACUCUGUUUGGGCUCGUGGAAUGGGCCAGGAACAGUGCUCUCUUCAAGGAGCUUAAGGUGGAGGACCAGAUGGUGCUGCUGCAGAGCUGUUGGAGUGAGCUGCUGGUGCUGGAUCACCUGUGUCGACAGGUGGCAUACAGCAGAGAAGGCUGCAUCUAUCUGGUCACAGGACAACAGAUUGAGGUGUUGAACAUCCUGACCCAGGCAGGGGUCACUCUGACCAGUCUGGUGUCAAGGACUCAGGACCUGGUGGUUAAACUCAAGGCCCUCCACCUGGACACACAGGAGUUUGUGUGCCUGAAAUACCUGGUCCUCUUCAACCCUGAUGUGAAGUCGGUGCAGGACCGCGGGCAGGUGGAGCGGACCCAGGAAAGGGUGAACCACACCCUGAUGGACCACACCCUCUACACCCACCCGGGUCACACCGACAAGUUUGGCCAACUGCUGCUACGGCUUCCUGAGGUUCGCAGCAUCAGCCUGCAGGUGGAGGAGUAUCUGUACCAGCGCCACCUACAGGGUGAUCUGCCCUGCAACUCAUUGCUCACAGAGAUGCUGCACGCUAAACACAGCUGAAUACCACCUUGCCCUGCUAACAGAGAAUGCUUUACAAUACCCUGGGACUGUCCCAAAUGGCAACCUAUUCCCUACAUGGUGUACUACUUUUAACCAGCCCCCAUAGAGUUCUGGUCAAAAGUACUAUAUACUGUAGUGAAUAGGGUGACAUUUGGGACGUUUAACCCUGUUCCACUCAGAGAUGCUAAUUGCUAUGCACUUCUGAACAACUACCUGCUGGAAGGGUGCCUGCUGGACUUGGCUGGUGGGCUCCCUCUCUUCACCUGGGUUGUGUUAAUUUGGCACAGGGAGAGAGUACCUGGACUUGUCCAAUAAAAAAACGUGUUUUUGUAUUCCAUUGUAACACAUUUUUGCCAAGGUGUAGCAUGGUAAACACAACCAAGGGGUCUGUUCAAUAGAGUACAUCGUAGCAAAACAUUUUCAAACGGAAAGCAAACAGGACAAAUAUAGGUAUUACCUCCCUGUUUCACUGCAUUUCAAAACAUUUUCUCCAUUCUGUACAUCACCCUGAUGCCCAGGACUUGUUCAACUGCCAAUGAGCCUGUUAUAUGUCCACCAAGAUUGUAAUCUUUGCUCAAAGGUAGACAUUGUUCCAAAGCACAGAUCUGAGAUCAGGGCCCAGUUUUUCAAAAGUUACCUAUCUGCAUAGAAUGAAUAAAAUGGAAGAAUCCUUGACUUGAAUGGGAACUCCGGUUCUAUAUAUUCUUUCUAUGCAUUUACUCCUAUCCGAUAGCUGAAUUGCAUUUUUCAAAAGCUGGACCCAAUGACCCUAACGCUAAUCCUAACCAUUAAGGAGAUAAGACAUUAACAUCUGAUCCAGGGCCUGUGGUUAAUAACAACAUCCAUCUGCUUUCAGACGAGUUUGAGUAAUGUAAUACUUAUCUCCAAUUGAUCAUUUGUUUGAAACCCUGAGUAACUAGUCAGUAUUCAGUCAGAUGGGAGUAGGAACCAAAACACUGCUGUAUGCUUUCUCUUCUCCUGUACACACAUUAUGCAGACAACAUAUACAUAUCAUUUGACAAGACAAUGUUGUGUAUCGUUUUUAUCUGUCAGAUAAAAUCUGGAGUAAAGUAUGUCAUCCCUUUACCACAAGACCUGUUUGAAAUAAACAAGCAGAGGCGUUACGACGCCCCCUCAGA